UCCCUCAGCAUUUGGCCAUGACACUUCCGGUUCCUCUCUGACUGUCAUAUGACCUGCGCUCUGCUGUCAUUUCUGUAGCAGCUAGCAAACCACAUCUAACAGCUUAGGCUUCUUCGGGAUUCCUCCACAACAAUGGCAACACUGGUGGCAAACAGAAAUGUGGAUAUCAACGGUUUGGCAGCCGCUGCGAGGACACACACUCAAGCUGUGACCAGGAAUUACAUAUCUCAGCCCAGGCUAACAUACUCCACCGUGUCGGGAGUAAACGGGCCCCUGGUGAUCUUGGAUAACGUAAAGUUUCCCAGAUAUGCUGAGAUUGUUCAUCUGACUCUGCCAGACGGCACCAGGAGGAGUGGGCAGGUCCUGGAGGUGAUUGGCAGCAAAGCAGUCGUCCAGGUGAGGAUCUUCUAGACCAGGGGUGUCGAACUCGAACUCACUCUGGGCCCAAAUGAAAAUCUGGGACAAAGUCGCGAGCCGAACUUAAUAUUUUUUGAAAAAGUGACUGCAAAUUAGCACAUUUUCUUUAUCAACAUAAAUGCAAUUUUGAACCUUUUAAUUUGGAAAUAAACUUAUUUUUGCAUUAACACUGAAUGUGGAAUAACCAAAUUACACACGAGCAAGUCCGUUUUAAAUAAAACGCAUCAGUGGUAUUCAUUACUUGUGGUAUAUUCAGCAUUUUUAAAAUCUAUUCAGGAUUUGUUUUCUUGUUUGUUCAUUUUUCUUAUUUUUUAUUCUCCUUUUUUCUCCUGUAAUAAGUGUCAUCACUGCUGUGACAUCUAGCUUUCCCCACUGAGGAACAAUAAAGGGAUUUUCUAUUCUAUCAGGACACGGUGUCGAGGAGGAAAAAUAACAACUAUAGCAGCCACAGAGUCAUGCUGAUUUGAGCGCGUCACUGCUUGCUGGAGUUAUAUCAGCUCUGUCUGGAAGUUAGUUGUAAAACUUUCUCUUUCAGUCGUGAACGCAUUACUGAGCGGUUAAAAUCUCUGUUUCUGGGCUUCAAUGUCAGAAAAUAGCUGAGUAAACUCGGCGCUGAGUGAGAGGAAUGUUUAGUUUGUCCGAGACAGCGGAGCUGCAGACACCGGCAGCAGACGCUGGAAAAAACACAAAGGAGGGGGCACUUCGGCUGCGCGCUAACGCCGCAAAGCAUCAUAGGAGUUGUAGUCUUUGCUGUAAAAUCGGCCAGCAGGUCUGUUUUAAUAUAUUUUUGAUAUUUAUCCGCAGGCCACAUAAAAAUGCUCUGCGGGCCACAUGUGUCUGACACGUGUUCUAGGUGAACGUUUUGCAGACGUGUUGGAAGCUCACACUGACGAGGUUACAACAAAUUUUUUAAGACGGCUGGGACAUUGUCAGUUUUUCUCCUUUCAUUAAAGCUAAAGAGGACCGACAUAGUUACUGUUUACAC